ACGGGUGAAUCCUCUCAAACAGAAACGGUCUCGGAAGAAAACAAGAGCUUGAUGUGGAUUCUGUUGAAACAGCUGCGGCCUGGCAUGGACUUGUCCCGAGUGGUUCUGCCCACCUUCAUCCUGGAGCCACGUUCUUUCCUCAACAAACUCUCUGAUUAUUACUACCAUGCUGACCUACUUUCCCAAGCUGCACUCGAAGACGAUUCAUACAGUCGAAUCAAGCAAGUUUUGAGAUGGUAUUUGUCAGGCUUUUAUAAGAAGCCAAAGGGAAUAAAAAAGCCAUAUAACCCCAUUUUGGGAGAGACCUUUCGCUGCUGUUGGUUUCAUCCACAGACAAACAGUCACACGUUUUACAUCGCGGAACAG